UUCGCAGAUCAACUUUAGUAAAAAAUAAAAAGAAAUGUCAUCCGCCAUGAUGUCGUUUUCCCGCGUAUUUCUACUCGUUGUCAUCGCUGUUUUGUACAUGGAAUCCUGCCAUUCUGCCACCAUACCGCGAAACUUCGACUCCAGAUUAUCUGAUGACGUCAUUAUGACACCAAAGAAGAGACCAUUCUGCAACGCAUUCACUGGAUGUGGCCGAAAACGUUCCCAGUACGCUCCCGGUAUGCCACAGGACAUCGGACGUCAGAGACAGUACGUUGAUGAUGAAACUCUAGGAUCUCUGGUUGAUUCUGAAAAUGCGAUCGACGAGUUAUCUCGUCAAAUACUUUCCGAAGCUAAACUUUGGGAGGCAAUCCAGGAGGCAAGCGCUGAAGUACUUCGCAGAAAGCAGAAGGAAUACAAUCAGUAAAAAUGCCAGGACUUAAAAUGAUCGAAUAAUAACUAUUUGGAUAACAUUUUUAGGUUAUACGAGUAACUUAGUAAUAAAUAUUUG